CUACCACGCAGAGAUCCAACCAUGGCACCUACAAUCACUGCAGCAACGGCCAACUUUCAGGAUCAUUUGACUCUGACACACAAGCUCAGAAAGCCUCUGGUGGAGAAGCUUCGCAGAGAGAGAAUCAACAGCAGCAUCGAGCAGCUCAAGUCUCUGCUGGGUCCAGAGAUCCUCAAACAGCAGCCAGACUCCAAGAUAGAGAAAGCAGACAUCCUGGAGAUGACGGUCUGCUUCCUCAGACGACUGCACCAGCAGCAUCACGCUGUGGACUCAGCAGAUGUUGGUCAGGGCUACUCCAGAUGUGUCCAAGAGGUGGGGAACUUCCUGUCCAAGGAGGAGGUGAAGACUCAGUCCCAGAGAGGACUGCUGAGACACUUCAACCAGCUGAAAACUUCCUCUGAGAAGAACCUGAGAGACGCUGACUUCUCUCCUCUGAGCUCCUCAGUCCAGAGCAGCAACAGUAAAGACAAGAGUCCGGUCAACAGCGCCCCCUGGAGGCCGUGGUAGAUUCCUGCAGACUGGAGUUAAAACCAGACAACCUGAGGAGACCAUAUUGGUCGUUGAUCACUGACUUGAAGUCCUUUUAGAAGUCCUUCAUCUGUAUGAACGGAAGGUCUUAUUUUGAGAUUUUUACAAGAACUCUCACCUCUGUUUCCACAGAUGUUGUUCUUUUUUCUUUUGACAAGAACAAGAUCUUUGUUUUCAAAAGAAAAUGUGUUGUCAAAGAAAUUGUUAAGACCAUACUGGUCAAGUGAUAUCAGAACUGAGUUCUAAAAAAUAUCUGUUUUCAUUUUGGAAAGUUGUUGGUUUUGUGUUUAUUCACAGUCUCAGGAACAAAAUACAAAAAAAAACUUAAUUUUCUUUCAUUUUAAGAAAGAAAUGCAUCAUUUUAAAGUUUAUAUUAAAUCAAAAUGAAGUCAAACAAUAUUCUUACACGUAAAACUAGAUUGCUAUAAGAUGUAAUGAAGGAUUUCUGUUCCUUUAUCAAAUUUAAAUUGAUCCUUUUAAAUGUAAAUUUAAUGGAGUUUUGCCGUAUUGAUUCAAUUUGAAUCAUUUUUUUCAUUUUAAUUUUUUCAUUAUUGAUCUUUAUUCAGAUCUUAACAUAGAUUAUUCCUAAGGAAAGCUUAUCAACAUGGUCCUGUCUGGACUGUAUAAAAAAUUAACUUAUAUAUUAUAUAUAUAUUAUAAAUUAUAAUGACUUCACUUGUUGUGAAGCUGCUCCCAUCACUUUGUGAUGAUCUUGACCCGAUCCUGGAACGGUUCGUUCCAGGAUCAGUGUUUUCUUUGCUUUUGUUAUAAAGUGCCAUUUAUAAUCUUUAUGAAAUAUGUUUCAUUUAAACCAGGAUGAGGUUUCAUCCCUCAAUGUUUGUGUCUUUUGUAAAGAUGAUUUUCCCUCUGCUCUUUGUGAGUUAAAGGUCUUGGAGAUUUUACCAAGUUUCUGUUGUGAUGCGUCAUCACACGUUUGUGACUCCAAUUGGAGUUUUCU